AUGGAGAAAAAAGAAGGAGAAGUGGUGUGUGUAACUGGUGGCAGCGGCUACAUUGGCUCAUUUCUCAUCAGUCUUCUUCUCCAACGCGGCUAUUCCGUCCAUGCCACCGUCAAAGAUCUCAAGGAUGAGAAAGAGACGAAACAUCUUGUAGAAUUAGAAGGGGCGGAAUCCCGACUCCGUCUAUUCCAAAUCGAUCUUCUCAACUACGAAUCCAUACUGGCCGCCGUCACCGGAACCACCGGCGUUUUCCAUCUUGCUUCUCCCUGCAUUAUCGAUGAAGUCGGUGACCCGCAGGCUGAGGUGGUGGAGCCGGCCAUAAAGGGCACCAUCAAUGUGCUGUCGGCCGCCAAAGAGCUCGGCGUACUCCGUGUUGUUGUCACUUCUUCUACUGCUGCAAUCUACCCGAACCCCAGUUGGCCGUCGGACAAAGUUAUGAAUGAGGAAUGUUGGACUGAUGAAGGUUACUGCAGAGGAAAAGGGGCAUGGUAUUCAGUCUCUAAAACACUUGCUGAGAAAGCUGCUUGGGAGUUUGCUAAGGAAAAAGGUUUGGACAUUGUUGUGGUGAAUCCUGGGUUUGCGAAGGAUACUCUACCUGGAUUAUUGAGGGCCAAAGAUGCUUCAAAAAAGUUGAUUGACUUAGGCCUUAACUUCAUCCCCAUGGAGCAAAUCAUUAAGGAGUCCGUCGAGAGUUUAAAGAUGAAAGGCUUUCUUCCUUGA